AUGCCGUCCCCAGAAGAGUCCCAUACACCAGCCUCACACGAAGAAGAAAGCUCCAGAGAUCAAAGUGCCGAGUCCAGCAAGCAACAUUCUAGAGAAGGAUCAAGGCCACCCAAGAAAAGGCACAAUGUACGCUUCACGCCAGGAGGGGAGUCAUUGGACACUUCAAACAAGAGGGCCGCUUUCGAUCUUCGAGAUGAUACCAACCCACCUCCCAGGCCGAAGCCUUUACCCAGGACAAGGUCUAACACAGUGAGAAGAAACAGUUCAUAUUCAGGCGCCCCUGCGCCUAACCCUGAGAAGUCUUUGGACAUCACGGAAUCGUCUGCUAAAGCACCAAUCCCCAGACCCAAACCUUCGAUAAUGAGACUGCCUUCAAGUGACUCAGAACCGGAAGACAGUGACACCAAAUCUGAUGAUGAGGAAAACAAGGAGGAUGAAGACGGAAGGAAGGAGGACGAGAAAGCAGUGGGAAAAGCUAUAUCACAGCAGACGGCACAGGACAGGGCCGAACGUCUUUCCCGUAUGAUGGGCAGUCACUCUGCCCCUGGUUCCAGAUUUGCGUCUCCUCAAAGACCGCAGAGGACAGUCGCCAGAUCACCACCUCCAUCUCCACCUCCAUCUCCGCCUCCCGAAACAGCAAGGCAAAUGAGGCUGGAUUUGAGCGACAUUCACCUGGAAAGGCUAGAAACCAGACGAAGGAAGUUUGGGAUAGAAGACGACACGGAUGAAGACGAUGAAAAGGAAGCCGAGACUUUGUCAUUGAAGAAAGGGAAACAGAGGGCAGGUCGAUACUACGCUAGGGCUGCUCGUUUGAUUGCGCAUCAUAAGUCACCACAGAUACCACGAUUGUUCAGACUUCACGCCGAGACGCCGCCCGGGACGGCCUCAGGUGUCCAAACACCUAUGUAUGAACGUGAUCCCAACCACUACGUUCCCAGGCCCAAGGAGUACCGUGAAGGUUACCUCUCCUCACUCCUAAAACUCUACAAUGAGCAGGGAGCUGGAAUUGCUCUGUCUCAUAUACCUUCUGGUCACGAUGCCAUUACUCGAGCAGCACAUCGACGCGACAGUGCCGCCCAGUCUUUGAAUGGAUCAACAGCUUCAGGAGCAACAACGCCUGCACAGACCCCAAGAACGUCACCGGCCGGCUCGCCAACAUCUUCCGGCGCUACUACUCCGAAAGCAAAGCAUCAGAAGUGGUAUUAUAAGAACUCUCAGAGCCAGUCUACUGGGGCUUUGUCAGAUCUUGUUAGCUCAUCUACUGUCUUUGCUCAGCCAACAACCGGUUCCAGUCAGACAUCAAAGGCUAUCAGACCAAAAGCGAAGCACAGACCGUUGAGCGCUCAGGCUUUGGAUACCGUUAUGGGCAAGAAAAAGAAGGGCCACAGAAAUGACGACUCGAUCCGGAUCCAAGUACACAUUGCAGAGACAAUGCAAAGGCAAGGCUAUCUUAUUAAGAUUUGCAGGGCUCUUAUGACAUAUGGAGCACCGACACAUCGGCUCGAAGAGUAUAUGCGUAUGUCAUCUAGAGUACUUGAAAUUGACGGCCAGUUCCUUUACAUUCCCGGCUGUAUGAUCGUCUCCUUUGACGAUCAAUCAACGCAUACGACAGAGGUCAAAAUAGUCCGUGCUACACAAGGUGUCAACCUUGGGAAGCUUCGCGAUACUCAUGAGGUGUACAAAGAGGUGGUCCACGAUACGAUAGGCGUCGAGGAAGCGAUGGAACGUCUGGACGAGAUCAUACGCAAGAAGGAUGAUUAUAGUCCGUGGUUCCGCGUGAUUAUAUAUGGAUUCGCCAGCAUGUGUGUUGGACCGUUCGCUUUCGGUGCUCGUCCGAUCGACAUGCCCAUAGCUUUCUUUCUAGGCUGUCUCUUGGGAGUCAUGCAACUCAUACUUGCCCCGCGAUCGGAGCUCUACUCGAACAUUUUCGAAAUCUCUGCCGCCGUCCUGACCAGCUUCCUCGCUCGAGCCUUUGGUUCCAUUAGGGGUGGCCGACUCUUCUGUUUUUCCGCUCUCGCUCAGUCCUCCAUCGCCUUGAUUCUACCUGGCUACACAAUCCUUUGUGGCUCUCUUGAGCUUCAGUCGCGGAACAUAGUCGCUGGUUCCGUACGUAUGAUCUACGCUGUAAUAUACUCUUUGUUUCUUGGCUUUGGCAUCACGAUUGGCACCGCGAUUUUUGGUGCUAUCGAUAAAAACGCGACCAACAACACUACUUGCAUGACAGCCAUGCCGGUCUGGUUCAAAUUUAUCUUCGUGCCUCCCUUCACGCUUUGUCUCAUCGUCAUCAACCAGGGCAGGUACAAGCAAAUGCCGAUAAUGCUCGUCAUCGCCUUUGCCGGGUACAUCGUCAACCACUUCUCGGCCAACCGCUUCUCUUCGAACGCCCAGAUAGCAAACACGCUCGGCGCUCUCGCCAUCGGUGUCAUCGGAAACCUAUAUAGUCGUCUCCGCCAUGGCCUGGCGGCAGCCGCGCUGCUACCAGCCAUAUUCGUGCAAGUGCCUUCGGGCCUCGCCGCAGGAGGCAGUCUGAUCAGCGGGCUGACGUCCGCAAAUCAGCUUACGAAACAAACGGUCAAUGGCACCGCGAGCAACGGGACGACCACUAUCAGUAACGCAACCAGCGCUUCAACUGUCAACGUCAACAGUGAUGUCCUCAAUGUCGCAUACAGCAUGAUUCAAAUCGCGAUUGGAAUCACGGUGGGUCUGUUCAUGAGUGCUCUCGUUGUCUAUCCUUUUGGAAAGAGAAGAAGCGGUUUGUUUAGUUUUUGA